GGCGAAGCUGUGGUCAUGCCAACCCAGCAGACAGCUGCGCGUCGGACGAGUCCCCCCAAGCCCUCCCGGAGCCUCUCGGGCUCACUUUGUGCCCUGUUUUCUGAUGCAGAUUCGGGAUCUGGGAUGAAGGCGGAGCUUUCUCCUCGGCCUGGGGCAGGGGGGAGGGAGAUGACUCAAGAAGAGAAGAUGCAGCUUCGGAAGGAAAAGAAACAGCAGAAGAAGAAACGGAAGGAGGAAAAGGGGACAGAACCAGAAACUGCCUCUGCUGUAUCUGCAGCCCAAUGUCAAGUAGGUUCAACCAGAGAAGUACCAGGACCUGGCAGUCAGGUGGGGGGCACUCUUGGGGAGAAAGUUCCAGGUGGACGGAGCAAGGCUGAACUUCGUGCUGAGCGACGAGCCAAGCAGGAGGCAGAGCGGGCCCUCAAACAGGCAAGAAAAGGGGAACAAGGAGGAUCACCUCCUCAGACUUGCCCCAGCACAGCUGGAGAAACCACUUCAGGAGUGAAGCGUCUCCCUGAGCACACUCAGGUUGAUGACCCCACACUUCUGAGAAGGCUUGUUAAAAAACCAGAGCGACAACAGGUUCCUACACGAAAAGAUUAUGGAUCCAAAGUCAGUCUCUUCUCUCACCUACCCCAAUACAGCAGACAAAACUCCCUUACGCAGUACAUGAGCAUCCCAUCCUCUGUGAUCCACCCAGCCAUGGUGCGACUCGGCCUGCAGUACUCCCAGGGCCUGGUCACUGGUUCCAAUGCCCGGUGUAUUGCCCUGCUUCGAGCCUUGCAGCAGGUGAUUCAGGAUUACACAACACCUCCCAAUGAAGAACUCUCAAGGGAUCUUGUGAAUAAACUAAAACCAUAUAUCAGCUUCCUGACUCAGUGCCGGCCCCUUUCAGCAAGCAUGUACAAUGCCAUCAAAUUCCUUAACAAGGAAAUCACUGGUAUGAGCAGCUCCAAACGGGAAGAAGAGGCCAAGUCAGAACUUGGUUCAGCUAUUGAUCGGUAUGUACAAGAGAAGAUUGUACUUGCGGCUCAGGCAAUUUCACGCUUUGCCUACAAGAAGAUCAGUAAUGGAGAUGUGAUCUUGGUAUAUGGAUGCUCAUCUCUGGUAUCACGAAUUCUCCAGGAGGCUUGGACAGAAGGCCGGCGGUUUCGGGUGGUUGUGGUGGACAGCCGACCCCGGCUCGAGGGAAGGCACACGCUCCGUUCUCUGGUCCACGCUGGUGUCCCUGCCUCCUAUCUGCUAAUUCCUGCAGCUUCUUAUGUGCUCCCAGAGGUUUCUAAGGUGCUAUUGGGAGCUCAUGCACUCCUGGCCAAUGGAUCCGUGAUGUCACGGGUAGGCACAGCACAGCUGGCUCUGGUGGCUCGAGCUCAUAAUGUGCCAGUGCUGGUCUGCUGUGAAACAUACAAGUUCUGUGAGCGAGUGCAGACUGAUGCCUUUGUCUCUAAUGAACUAGAUGAUCCUGAUGAUCUGCAAUGUAAGCGGGGAGAAAACGUGGCCCUGGCUGACUGGCAGAACCAUUCAUCUCUACGGUUGUUGAAUCUGGUCUAUGAUGUGACUCCCCCAGAGCUCGUGGAUCUGGUGAUCACAGAACUGGGCAUGAUCCCUUGUAGUUCAGUGCCUGUUGUCCUGCGAGUCAAAAGCAGUGACCAGUGAGGGAAGAACAAAGGUCAAUAAAUGACAUACACCUACUCUC